GAACAGCCAUGGAUUGAGCACCUUCUACGAAAUCCUCCACAGAAACACCUUGAUCCUCCCUGCAUAGGCUUUUGACCCUUUAUCCAACUCAAAAUAUCCUGCUCAAGGCCUCCGCAGCCAAGAUGGACGAAAUCAGCCCUUUCGCGGAGUUCCUGGGCCAGGUCAUCUACCAAUUUACCCUCAUCAAACCUCUCCUCCCAACCUACGGCCAUCUCCUCCUGUCCGCGAUAUUCCCGAUCUAUAUUGGAGCGCAUGCAGCUCUGGCGAAACCAUCCUCUGCCACGAAGCCGCCCAAGAAAGCCAAAAAGUCUGGGUACCAGUCGGAUGACGAUGAUGUGGAGGAAAACAAAAGUGAUGGCCACAGGAUGGAAGGUCUCGCACCAAGCGACGCCUUGAUGUUUCCUCUCACAGCUGGACUUACACUCGGCGGACUGUAUCUCUUCAUUAAAUACAAAGGAGCCGAGACGCUGAACAAAAUCCUCGGCUACUACUUCUCGCAGAUGGGCCUCCUCUUCGCUAUAGCUUUCUUGAAAGACUUUCUCUCUGUCGUCAGAUCCUUCCUCUUCCCCAAGAGAUACAGCUACUCGGGCCGAAUUUGGAAGCAGAAGCCAUCGGAGCAGGCGUUUACUGGCGCCAAAGGCGACCAAGACAGCUCUGAACCGGUGGAAGUGCGGCGUUCUCCCCUCCCAGGGAUCCUCAGUCGGAUUCCACUACCGAACGCUACGCGUACCGCGAUCUGGAAACUUCGAAGCGUUCUAUAUUGGCGGGCUAAACUCCGCGUGCAUGUGCGCCGCGUUGUGCGGGGCGAGACCUGGCUUGAUAUGCUGGAUGUGCUGAGUACCUUCCUGGCAUUACCCGCAAUCGGUUACUUCACUUUCGUCACCAAGCCAUGGUGGCUGACCAACUUCCUGGGUUUCAGCUUCUGCUACGGCACCUUACAAUUCAUGUCUCCGUCGACUUUCGUGACAGGGUCGCUGAUUCUGGGAUCUCUGUUCUUCUACGACAUCUAUUUCGUCUACUUCACCCCUCUGAUGGUGACCGUCGCGAAGAAACUCGACGUGCCCAUUAAGCUUCUUUUCCCCAGACCGCCUGUCUCUGGCGAGGCUACUGACACCGUCUCAUUGGCCAUGCUGGGACUGGGCGACAUCAUUAUUCCGGGUAUGAUGGUAGGACUGGCACUGCGCUUUGACCUCUACCUCUACUACAAGCGGAAGGGCUUGCAGAAGGCUCGGGCGGAGGGCAACGGCGUGGAGUUCAUCAAGCCUGUAUAUCAAACCGUCACCGGAGGCUGGGGGGAGCGCUUCUGGACGCGUUCUGUGGCGCCCAAGGAGCCUGAAUUGCAGCCACCGUAUCACGAUGCUCAGUCUUUCCCCAAGACGUACUUCAAGGCUAGCAUCGUUGGAUACCUGGUGGGCAUGGUCGCGACGCUGGUGGUUAUGCAGAUCUUUGACCAUCCCCAGCCCGCUCUCUUGUACCUUGUUCCAGGUGUUUUGAUCUCCCUGUGGGGCACUGCCUUGGUUAGAAACGAGAUCGGCGAGAUGUGGGAGUAUAGUGAGGGGGAGGAGGACGAGGAGGAAGAGAAGGGUGACGAGAAAGAAGAGGACAAGAAGGAACAGACCGAGAAGCAAGAGAACCUAGGCUUUUUCGCCCGUGUUCUCUCCUUUUGCAAGCAGGCCGACAAUAAUCCUGGUGAGACAUCCGAAGAAAAGGAUAAGAAGGCGGCAGAUGACGAGGACGAGAAGAAGUCCAACGCUUCCAGUGGCAAUGUGGAGGACCGGGAGGUCAAGGACUGCGAACUGUUCACUAUAUCCCUCUUCUACCCCCGCAAGUCGAAAGCACACAAACCCAAAAGCCCAACGCCCAGCACCAAGUCGAGUGCGGACGAAGAGAACUGGUCGGUUGUUGGCGCCGAGGGUGACAGUGAGCCCCCGACCAAGCGUCGUCGGCGGAGUCCUCGCCAUGCGAACGCAACCAGUCCGUGAAGAGGGAUUAUCAGAUCGGAUGAAAUUUCAGAGUUGCACACCCUGCUGCAUUCAACCGAUGCAUGUUGACCUACAUUGCUCGGCUUAAACUGGCUACGAGGAACGAAAAAGAAAUGACGAAGAAUUGGUAUCAUUUACAUGUAACAUUAGCUAGCUAGUUUGGCAUUUGCUAGAGAAAGGAGAACAAAAAAAAGGAUAACAAGG